CAGGCCCAGACGAGAUGGUCUCCAUGCCGCACUCCGAGGAGCCUCGGCGGUGCCUCUUGGGCGCAGACGAGGAGGCCGACUCCUGCCCCGAGGAGGAGCUCGUCUUCGAGGCGCCGCAGAGGAGGCGGCGGCCCGAGGCCCGGCGCUUUGCGAUCAUAGCGCUGCUCGGUGCCGGGGCGCUGCUCCUCGUGGUGGCCGCCCACUGCAUGAAGGACGGGCCGCGCCGCGCGCGCGCCGACGAGCUGCGGACCGAGAGGCUGUUCCCCAGCUUCCCGGCGCUGCACUUCCCGUGGCAGAAGCCUGCACCCCCCGUGGUCGACGUCGCGGCCCAGCAGGCGGCCGCGCUGGCUGCCCAGCAGGCGGCCCAGCAGGCGGCCGACCAGGCGGCCCAGCAGGCCGGCCAGACGGUCACCGACGCCAUCGAGACAGGAGCCGACGCGGCGGGUGCCGUGGUGGACGCGGCCGCGGGCGGGGCUGCGGGCCAGGCCGCAGCGGCGGCCACGGACGCGGACCCCUGCGCGGGGCUGGCGUCCGUCGACUGCCAGACGGGCCUCUUCGAGUCUGGCUGGGUCGACGGCUGGACGGACCAGCAGAUGGACUGCUGCUGCAAGACCUACAAGAUUGCCUGCAGGGAGCCGAGGAGGCUGAAUUUCUACAUGUACCGCGCGCAGAGCGACGACGAUUAUCCCGCGAUGAACAUCAACAUGGGGGACUUGCCAGGCGUCCUGUGGUAUCUCCACAACGAGGUGAUCGUCUCAACACCCAGGAAGUUCAACAUCUCCAGGAUCAACCGCUUCCGCGUGACGAUGAAGACCACGCAGGAGAACUACGAGAAGACGAAGCGGCAGCUCGCAGAAUUCACCGCCUUCGACUCCGGGAAGUGCACCGUACCGGGCUGCGAGUCCCACUUCGAGGAGGACGGCUUCGUCAUCGGGUGCCAGAACACGGAGUCUGCCGCGGGCCUCGGCAACUACGUGGCGCACUCCAGCUACCCCUGCACGCCGGGCGUCGAUUGCAAGGAGGGAACGUGGUACUCCUUGCCAGGGCCCUGCCCAGACUACGACUUCGAGAACAAGUUCGACGGCUGCAACGUCAGUAUGCCUGGUGGGCAGUGCCAGUUCGUGUACGGCGAGGGAGGUGGAGUGACUGGCUUUGACGAGGCACCAGUCACAGGGGAAAAGGAUUGUACCUACUACGCGAAGUGGGCUGGGCAGGUCUGGCUCAACGAGCUCAUCGGGCUCCCGGUCAUCGACAACGUGCUGGGCAGUCCUUCCGCGGGCCAGAAUAUCCACUACCAGGCCUACACGCACUGGUGGACGCAGGGCAAUUCGGAGUACGACGUUGCCUCGGACACAGGCCUCCACACCGAAGGGACCGACUACGACCCCGACCCUUACGGGGAGGCCGCGGCUGGCACGCCACAGCCAAUCGGAGGCAAGCAGGAGAUCUUGUACGAUUUCUGGGGCGGCCGCAACGAUCAGCAGAGGUGCGACGAGAGGCAGAGAAUCAUCGAGGACCUCUUCGACUCGAAGUUCCCGUUCUAUCCGAAGACGGCGGAGCUGGGUGAGGCACCACCGUGCGACGCGAAGUGACGGACGGCUUUUCCCCUCUGCGGCGCUACUGCCUCACACGCUCUUCAAGCUGUCCUCUCCUCCCCAUCCAUCUUCAGGGGUCUUCGGGCGUUUUCCCGUGAGCUGCGGCUUCCACCGGCUGCGAAGCGCGGGCCCCUUGCUUCUUGAUUUGGAGUGUCGACGUCGGGGGCCUGGGGGUCCAGUCUCCUCCUCGCUUCAGCGCCCCACCCCGCUGCAGCCGUGAGUGCGGACAAAGAUGCCGAAGGCGCGGCGGCCAUUAAUCUCUCAGGUGUGUGGGGCGAGUAGCUUUCUCUUAGGCUGUGGGGCUGAGUACUUACUUGAUUUGUUCUUUGUGCACCCCUACAGCGCCUGAAGGCUUGAAGCCAGCAGGUUGACCGGAGGGUACCAAUUGGCGUCAGGCGCGAGCGUGUUACGGCCUAAUUAGCGCUUGUUUCCACGCGUGCCGCCAUCCCAACGGGUUUUCCAACGAAUUUUCAUGGUGAUGCUGACCUUGCGUGCGCGAGAAUGCUCAGCAUUCGGAUAAGCGCUAUGAGACAAAAUCGCCCAAGAGAGGCCGUGCAGGGCUUCAUGUUCUUCUUCUUCUUCUUCUUCUCCUCCUCCUCCUCCUCC